AUGUUUACUAAAGUUGCUACAAGAUCCUUUUCUUCCUCUGCUGCGUCAGCAUACAAAGUUACUGUAUUAGGAGCUAACGGUGGAAUUGGCCAACCAUUGUCGUUAUUAUUAAAAUUGAACCACAAGGUCACCGAAUUGUCCUUGUAUGAUUUGAAAGGUGCUCCAGGUGUUGCCGCUGAUGUUUCUCACAUCCCAACCAACUCUGUUGUAAAAGGAUACAAUCCAGACAGCUUAGAACAAGCUUUGACUGGAUCUGACGUUGUCGUUAUCCCAGCCGGUGUUCCAAGAAAACCAGGUAUGACAAGAGAUGAUUUGUUCAACACCAAUGCUUCAAUUGUUAGAGAUUUAGCUAAGUCUGUUGCUGACUUUUCUCCAAAUGCUGCCGUCUGUAUCAUUUCGAACCCUGUUAACUCGACUGUGCCAAUUGUUGCUGAAGUUUUGAAGUCAAAGGGAACAUACAACCCUAAGAAAUUAUUUGGUGUUACUACCUUAGAUGUUUUAAGGUCUUCUAGAUUUAUUUCUGAAGUCGUAGGCACUAACCCUGUUAACGAAAAGGUUACUGUUGUCGGAGGUCACUCAGGUGUAACUAUUGUUCCAUUGCUUUCUCAGACCAAGCAUAAAGAUUUACCAGAAGAUAAGAGAGAUGCUUUAAUUCACAGAAUCCAAUUCGGUGGUGACGAAGUUGUCCAGGCUAAGAAUGGUGCUGGUUCUGCUACUUUGUCCAUGGCUCAAGCUGGUGCAAGAUUCGCUGGCCAUGUCUUGGACGGUUUAGCAGGUGAACAAGAUGUCGUUGAACCUUCAUAUGUUGACUCCCCAUUAUUCAAGAAUGAGGGUAUUGACUUCUUCUCCUCUAAGGUUACUUUAGGAGUUGAUGGUAUCAAGACCGUUCAUCCAUUAGGUGAAUUAUCCUCUCACGAAGAAGAAAUGGUCAAGACUGCCAAGGAAACUUUGAUUAAGAACAUCAAGAAGGGUGUUGACUUCGUUAAGCAAAACCCAUAG